CUCUGUGACUACCAAGGUAAUGGAGCACUGGAUCGAGAAGCACGGCAAUAUGUUUGGUUACUACGUGGGAGAAAUUCCUUAUGUGGCGAUCACGGACUUGGAAAUGAUCAAGCAGUGCUUCGUCAAAGAGGACAACGUCGUCUGCAAUCGGCCUUCCCUGAUCGUUAGCAUUGAGCCGUUUGGAAGUUCACUUGUAGGAUUGUCUGGUGAUGAGUGGAAAAGAGUUCGCACUGUGCUGAAUCCCAUCUUCACUUCUGUCAAACUGAAGGCGGUUACAGAAAUUAUUCGGCGGUGCGCCGACGAAAUGUUAGAAAUCCUGGACGAUUAUGCGGAAAGAGGAUGUAUAGUAGAUAUGACCAAGGUGUCGAAAGGACUUUCGCUGGACGUGAUUACCAAGUCUGCGUUCGCGUGGCAGGUGGACUGCCAACGAAAUCCUUCUGACCCGCUUCUAUUGGCGGUACAAAGGAUAUUCAACGACUCAGAUAAUUUCUUAAUUCUGAGCGCGGUUCGCUUUCCAGCGCUCCGCAAAGCGAUGGAACGGAUCUUCCUAUACUCCAGCUACUUCAAGAUGAUUACGCAUAUCAGCGACAAGAUUCUCAAAGUACUGGAGCUGCGUCAAAGCGGGCAGAGCCCACGUGCAAACGACAUGCUGCAACUGAUGUUAGAUGCUCAAACUGGCAGCGAAGAUGCUAACGUCGAUUUCAAGAAACGAGCUAAGGCCAUAGAGGACCGACAUCUCCUGGCCAACUGCUUUAUAUUUCUGGCCGCCGGCUUCGACACCACCGCAUCGUCUCUGAGUUUCGUCAUGCACCUGCUGGCAAAGUAUCCUGAAGAACAGGAGCUUGUCUUCGACGAGAUCCAAAAGACGUUUCCAGGAGACGCCGAGCUGACCUACGACGGGCUUCAGCAGCUGAAGUAUCUGGACAUGGUGAUAUGUGAAACAUUGCGUAUGUAUCCACCCGUAGUGAUGUUUACUAGCCGGCGCUGCAAAGAAGAUACAAUGGUGAUGGGACAGCUCUUUCCUGCAGGCGUCAAUGUCAUUGUGCCCGUGUGGCACAUCCACCACGAUCCCGAGUUGUGGCCAGACCCUCAGAGAUUUGAUCCGAAAAGGUUCGACGGAGAGAAGUCGCGCAAUUCUGCCGCGUAUCUGCCGUUCGGAAUCGGGCCAAGAAUGUGCAUCGGAAAGCGAUUUGCGCUUCUUGAACUUAAACUGGCCAUCUGUAAAAUUGUGAGAAAAUACAAGGUCUUCCCGUGCGAGCAAACGCAAGAUCCGCUAAAGUUUUCCGUGCCUACUGUAGUACUUCAUCCAAAAAGUCCUAUUUGUGUUAAGUUGCAGCAACGAUAAAAAACAGACAGAUUUUGCAGUAUAAAGUAUACUGCUAGCGUUUUGUGUUACGUAUAUAUUUAAAAAUUUGUUACAACUUUAUAUUUUAUGUUGGAUUAACAUUGUUUCAUCCAAAGAUUUUUAUGAAUGUUAUGACAAUUUACAGUUGUAGUAGAUUUAUUGACAUAGAACGUGCAUGUUUCAUGAAUAUACAAAUCGUAAAAAAUUAUACUGACAUAGUUUAGCUUGCUUCCUUUUUUUACAGAAAGCUAUCACCAAAUAAAUGAAAAAUUUGAUGCAACGAUUAGUGUCUACCGGUUUUUUUUUCUUGCUUUAAGAAAUCGCCAGUAAGAAAUGUUAGCUUCAGCAAUGGACUGUCUCUUUGUAGCAUCCGCAAAAUUUGUCAGUAAAUAGAAAAAUGUCAGUGUAGAGACCAACAUUCCUCACCUUAAAAUCACACUGCAUUGAACUUUGUUAAAAAAAUACGUUUUUUUAUGUGUUGUAACAGCAAGUUGCAAAAUAAACACUCGUGUGCGUUGAACGCCUUCA